AUGAAUGCGCUUUAUUCGGUGCUGUUGGUGCUAUACGUUAGUUGUGGUCAGUUCUUUGUUGCCACGGUCUCCAGAGCUGACAAUAUGGGCGUGGAAAUGGCGAUUUAAUGAAUUGAGCAGGUUUUCUCUGAUUUUUGUGGUCAAAGACGAUGAAAAAUGAUUGUUCGACAUGAAAACACACUAAUUCUCAGAAUUAAUGACGUUUUGGCGCAUUUUUCGCGGAUUUCGCUUUUUCGCCUUCGCCGCCGAUCGCCGCCUAAAAACCGCACUUCUCAUUUUGCGCUUUCUUGACCGUUUCCAGACAGAGCUGGUUUUGAGAAUGAUAAAUCACGUAAAUACAUGCAUUUUGAGCGCUCGAACCGCAAAAACUACCGAAAAGCAACUGAAAUUCACGCAGUUUUAGUCAAAAACCUUCAAACGGAUAAAUUUGUUUUGCAACUUAACCAAAUUUAACACUCUUGCGCUUAAAAAAUAAUCGUAAUAGCCUAUACAAUCGGUCUAUCGAGAGACAAAUCAGAAAUUAUCGGUUUUUCGUGGCUAAUCUGGCAAAAAAUACAAAUUUUGCUGUUAAAAUUUGAAUUUCGCGCCAAUGUAUCGCUCUAUUGGGCGGGGCGCACUUGCGCCCAUUGUCAGCUCUGGAGACCGUGGUUGCCGCUAUCGCCAUGUCCCAAAUCAACAGGUUUUCCCUUUCAGACACCAUAACCUCUCUAAUGUGUGAAUCAUGCGACGGUGUUACGUGCUUUGACCGAGACCGUUGGGUCCAAGAGCUGUGUCCCCCGUCCACACAAUUCUGCUACCGUCUCUCCUCAAACGGCAGUGCUUUUCGUCGCGGUUGCACCGACUUUCCAUGUGCCACACUUCCGGGCUACGAAAUCGGAAUGGAGUGCAGAACUUGCAGUCAGGACAGGUUCGAAAAAUGAGGAGUAGAGUCAAUUUAGUUCAAAUUUCAAGCUUCAGAUGCAACAACGAACGGGACAACGUCUACCAUCAACACGGCGGCGGAGUCAGCUGGACGAAGGGAACGGAAAAUGAACACGUUUUGGGAAUACUCACCGUCUUAUCACUUUGUUCUCUGUUUUCCCAUUGA